UCUUGGCUCGACGCCCGGCUGCUCCCCGCGCACGCACAGGAUGCACAAAACGCACCAACCAACGAGACGAGAUUCAAAAAUCGAUUUUUCUGUUUUCCGGGACAAUUUAUUGGUGUCGAAUGUAAAACAGCGUCUGCAGUUAAUAGUGUGAGAAAAAGUCGCCUUCCACAAAUGGAUCGCUAGACCAAGCCAAAUCGAACCGUUAUUCGGUGCUGUCGAAGAAAAGUUCAUUGUUUUAUCAAUCACACAUCCUUACGAGACGGGAGGCCCCGGUUUACGUUUUGAGAAAGGGAAGAUGAGCAGUGAUGAGGAAAUUCUGGUAGGAGAACUGAAAGUGGUGUACGAUUUUGUAACCCGCGCCAAGUUUCGCAAGGCUUUCGGUGCUCUGCAGAAGAUUCUGCAGAAAAAGACACCGGAACUGGCGGAAGCACCCAGGGCACCCACCGAGGACAAGGACUCGCUGGAGGAAUUGCUCCUGUUCGUGGUCAGCAAGUACGCUGACCAGCUGGAGCUGGAGGAAAAGUUCCAGCAGGUGUUCGAGGUCAUCGAACAGGGCUUGGAGCUGUUCCCGGAACAUCCGGAGCUACUGAACGAAACCGGAGUGCGGCUGCAACGCUAUGGUCGCUCAUUGGAAGCAUCGAUCUGCUUCGAGCGGGUCCUGUUGCAGGAGCCCAAGUAUCUAAAGGCAUAUCAAAACCUCCAGAACACCAAGUGUGAGCUGGUCGAGCGAUGGCAUUUUCGGAUGCUGAACGACGAGGUGCGGAAUGCUGCCUACCGGGCAGCGAUCCAGAACCAGAUCAAAGCCGGCCACGGCGAGGUGCUGGAUAUUGGAACCGGAACCGGGCUGCUGUCGCUGUAUGCGCUGAACUGCGACGGUAUCCGGAAGGUGGCCGCUUGCGAUGGAUCGGAGAUCAUGGUGCAGAUAGCUCGGGAUGUUUUCGGAGCGAAUGGGUUGAGCGAUAAGAUUUGUCUGUUUCAGAGCUUCUCGCAGGAUUUAAAGAUCGGAGACAAGUUUUCGCUGAUCGUGACCGAGACGCUGGAUUCGGGUGCAUUUGGGGAGGGUAUUUUGGAGACCUUGAUCCAUGCGAAGAAGAGUCUGCUGCUGCCGGAAGGGCAGAUCAUACCUAGUCAAGUAAUUUUGCACGUGUCCGGUUACAGGUCACGUGCACUAACCGCAAGCAAUAUUCUGAUCAACGAAGCUUUUAGCAGUGAUUUUAAUCUACCGAGCAAUUGUUUGAUUUCGCGCGAAGGAAUCAAGGGCUACGACGCCGAGGAUGUUAGUAGAAUUAAGGCAAACGACGAUUUUGACUUCGUUACGGAUACCGUCUGUACGAUGACGGUCGAUUUUAAUGAUCUCGAGUGUUUGGAGCGCUGCCAGGAAGGGCUGGAGGAGUGUAAGUUCGAGCUAACUUGUUCGGAAGAUGGCAUUUUGGAUGGCUUCGUUGUUUGGUUCGAUCUCAUGUUGGAUGAUGAAAAUAAGAUAAGCACAGAUCCAACAGCCAACACUUGCUGGAAUCAAGCGAUAUUUAAGCUGAAUCAAAGGCUCCCGGUAACCAAAGAUCAACGACUGCCGCUGGCUAUGUCGUGCAAGGAUGGAUCCCUUGCAAUCACCCACAAUCUUAAUUCCAUGGAUAAUCAAAUUUGCAUUGACGAACACGUGUUGGAGUUUCUAAAUGACUCUGAAUAUUAUACUAAAUUGACCACUGAUACCGAACCGUUGGAUGACCUAGAGAAAGUUCUUGAUUUAUCACUCUUCCCUUAUGCGGGACUGAAACUACUCAAAGAGGGAAAAACCUCCAUGCUUUUCUGUUUGGAUCGAGCUGAAGAUCUGAUUGAAUUUCUCGCCAAUCAAAACGACAUUCCAAUGUCUGCCAUUAUGCUGCUAAGUUCUCUGCCCGAAGCAUUCCUCCUGAACGAUUACACACUGGAUCUAAUCAUCCUCCAGCCAGUUGAUGUAUUCGGUCAAAUCAAUAGCGAACACUUUUGCCAGUACCAAUCACUCUUCCCAAAACUCAAACCCAUCGGAUCCAUCGUCCCCUCGCAGGUGGAACUGCACGGCAGCAUUAUCCAUUCCGAUUGGAUCGUAAAGUGCUGCCGCGUGGAGAACCCGGAACUGCACCAGUUCCACAUCGACCGGUAUCUUUCCACGUUGGAAACGGAGAAUCACCUCGAUCUUGGCCCAUUCACCUACGGGAACCUUUCCGAACCGACAAAGCUGGCCGAGGUGUACUUUGAUGGGAAGCUCCACGAAGCGACAAUGGAAUUGACUCUCAAUGAACCAACGAAUCCGAAACAUAUCCAUGCCAUAUUGUAUUACUAUCAGAUCGAAUUUCUGCCGCAGAAGGAUUUCCUCAGCACCCAACGGGUGCAGAGCUUCGCUAAGCGGUCAGCGUUCAUCAUUCCGAAGGAUGCAUUCCAGCGCCCGGUUGCGGCAGAAGGAGCAGAAGGAUCAGAAGAAGACGAUCAGAACCAACCCAAAGUGGACAAAGUCAAUAUGAACAUUGUGCAAAAUCAUGGCGUUAUCAAGUGCAAUCUGCUCGGCUGUCAGUAGGAACAAUAUUCUAUUAUUAUAAACAGUAUACAGCAUCGCGUAGAUAUUAUUACUAGACUCGCACACUUCUUUGUAAAAGAGGAAAACCUAAAAUCUAUUAUGAGAAGAAGAGAAUUGAAAUACACAUUAAGCAUACCCAACACAUACACUUUCCGAGGACCCUACCUAGAGUACCUGUAGUAUUGCAGAAUAGA